UUUUAAGCCAUCUUAAUUUCAAUGAGAGCAUUUCAUUGAAGAUUCUGAAUUACUUAACCUCAAGCGGCUUCACAUGUUUGAGUAGCUACUCAUGGCUGCCAAUUUCUUUAACAACAAGGCCCGAGCUGCAGCAGCUGCCGCAGCAUCCACCAGUUCGAAGCAAAAGCCAACAGAUGGAAAGGAGGAGCAGACACGGCUGCAGCCAUGGGUUGAGAAAUACCGUCCCAAGACCCUCGAUGAUGUAGCCGCGCAAGACCACACCACGAAAGUCCUUCAACGGACAUUACAAGCUUCAAAUACCUCGACCAUCCUCGCGCUUGCAAAAUCACUAUUCGGCCCUGCUCUUUAUCGGUCACGCAUCCUCGAACUGAACGCCUCAGACGAACGAGGUAUCGGCAUUGUCCGGGAGAAGGUCAAGGGAUUCGCCCGCACGCAACUCAGCCAACCCACCGGAUUGGACCCAUCAUAUUUCGAACAAUACCCCUGCCCACCGUUCAAGAUCAUCAUCCUGGAUGAGGCGGAUAGCAUGACUCAAGAUGCACAGUCUGCGCUCAGACGCACGAUGGAACAAUACAGCCGGAUCACCCGUUUCUGUCUCGUCUGCAACUACGUCACACGAAUCAUUGAGCCGCUUGCCAGUCGAUGCAGCAAGUUCCGCUUCAAGCCGCUGGAUAAUUCGGCCGCAGCGGAGCGCUUGGCGCAUAUUGCCAAGUUAGAGAAUUUGAAGCUUGAUGAGGGCGUCACUGAUAAGCUGAUUAGCUGUGGCGAAGGGGAUUUACGGCGUGCCAUCACAUACAUGCAGAGUGCGGCCCGGUUGGUAGGCGCUGGUCGUCCGACGGGUCAGAAAGAUGGGGACGAGGACUCUGAGAUGACAGACGCCAGCUCAGAACCUGUCACUGUGCGAAUGAUCGAAGAGAUUGCCGGUGUUGUCCCUGAAAGCAUUAUAGAUCGACUCGCUCAGGCCAUGCAGCCGAAGAAAUUGGGGUCUUCCUACGAGGCUGUCUCUGCCGUCGUCACGGAUAUUGUUGCGGAUGGAUGGAGCGCGGGUCAGCUUGUCUUACAGCUGUACCGACGGAUUGUCUACAAUGAUGCUAUUCCGGACAUACAAAAGAACAAGAUCGUAACCGCUUUCUCGGAGAUGGACAAGCGUCUGGUCGACGGGGCAGACGAACAUUUGUCGAUACUAGAUCUUGCUCUCCGAAUAUCAGGCAUCCUAGGCGGCUCAUGAUUUAUUGAUCUACACAUAAUCGAGGAUUUUAGCCGCUUUUUUCACUCAUGAUGGC